GGGUUGCGGGCUUGGCCGGGCGGCGUCGGGCUGGGCUUUGGGCUGGCUGCCGAGGCCAGGCUCUUCCCCGGUCGCUUAGGCGAGGCUCCCUCUUGCUGUUCGGCCACGCUGGUUUGCCUGGUGCCUGCAGCGCCUUGCCCCCAACAUCGACUCGAACCUCCCGUCUGGGGCUUCGCUGCCGCUGAGACACGGUCGCCGCCACGCCUUGGGGGAAGCCUGCGGGGCUGAGAGGGAGAGGUUUAUCCGCCGGAACGGUCUCCUUCCUUCUCUCCGAAUUCUACCUGUGCUCCAGGGGCCCGGUCCUCACCGCUUAGGGGUGAAGGCCAUGCCGCCCCCUGGGAAAGUUCCUCGAAAGGAGAACCUGGGGCUACAGUGUGAGUGGGGGUCCUGCUCCUUUGUGUGCUCUGCCAUGGAGGAGUUCUGCGAGCACGUCACUCAUCACCUGCAGCAGCACCUGCAGGGCUCCGGGGAGGAGGAGGAGGAGGAGGAGGAGGAGGACCCGCUGGAGGAAGAAUUCUCCUGCUUGUGGCAGGAGUGCGGCUUUUGUUCUCUGGACAGUUCGGCUGAUCUCGUGCGCCAUGUCUACUUCCACUGCUACCACACCAAGCUGAAACAGUGCGGGCUGCAGGCCCUGCAGAGCCAGGCCGACCUCAGCCCCUGCGUCCUGGACUUCCAGAGCCGCAACCUCAUCCCUGACAUCCCUGACCACUUCCUGUGUCUGUGGGAGCACUGUGAGAGCUCCUUCGACAAUCCCGAGUGGUUCUAUCGGCAUGUGGAAGCGCACAGCCUGUGCUGUGAAUACCAGGCAGUCGGCAAGGACAACCACAUGGUGCUGUGUGGCUGGAAAGGCUGUACGUGCACCUUCAAGGACCGCUUUAAGCUUCGAGAGCACCUCCGUAGCCAUACCCAGGAGAAGGUGGUGGCCUGCCCCACCUGCGGGGGCAUGUUUGCCAACAACACCAAGUUCUUAGAUCACAUUCGUCGCCAGACCUCAUUGGAUCAGCAACACUUCCAGUGCUCUCACUGUUCCAAGAGAUUUGCCACGGAGCGGCUGCUGCGGGACCACAUGCGUAACCAUGUGAACCACUACAAGUGCCCUCUGUGCGACAUGACCUGCCCACUGCCAUCCUCUCUCCGAAACCACAUGCGCUUUCGCCACAGCGAGGACCGGCCCUUUAAAUGUGACUAUUGUGACUACAGCUGCAAGAAUCUGAUCGACCUCCGGAAGCACCUGGAUACCCAUAGCAAGGAGCCAGCCUACAGGUGUGAUUUUGAGAACUGCACCUUCAGUGCCCGGUCGCUCUGCUCUAUCAAGUCCCAUUACCGAAAAGUGCAUGAAGGAGACUCAGAGCCAAGGUAUAGAUGCCACGUGUGUGACAAAUGCUUCACAAGGGGCAACAACCUCACCGUGCACCUUCGCAAGAAACACCAGUUCAAGUGGCCCUCAGGGCACCCCCGUUUUCGGUACAAGGAGCAUGAAGACGGCUACAUGCGUCUGCAGCUGGUUCGCUAUGAGAGUGUAGAGCUGACACAGCAACUGCUGCGGCAGCCCCCAGAGGGAUCGGGCCUGGGAGCAUCACUGAAUGAGAGCAGCCUGCAGGGCAUCAUUCUAGAAACAGUGCCAGGGGAGCCAGGACCCCAGGAAGAGGCUGAAGAGGAAGAGGAAGGUGGGGGUGGUGAGGGGACAGCCCUCUCGGCCUCUCAGGACACUUCUAGCCCUGUCAUCCACGUGGUGAAUCAGACCAGCGCCCAAGGUGAGCGAGAGAUUGUCUACUAUGUGCUGUCCGAAGCCCCGGGAGAGCCACCCCCAGCCUCUGAGCCCCCCUCCGGGGGCGUCAUGGAAGAGCUUCAGGGAGUAGCUGAGGAGCCAGAAGUCCAGAUGGUAUGAAGGCUGCAGACCCUGACCAUUGCUACCCCAGACCCUGGGGUUUGAACCGGGCUGGUGGCAGUGCCCCUAGUGGGCAGCCCUUGCCAAUGGAUGCCUUUAGGAGUGGUGCUGAGAGCAGUGCGGUCCACUCUGGACCCGGCUUGCAUCAUUCGGCAGACUGAGGGACUUCCCUUUGUUGCCAGACCACAUUUUGUGGGGAUCCUGAGGAGUUUGGAUUCUUUGGGGGGGGCACCCUGGUUGUGUGUGUGUUCUUGUAGAGGGGGCUAGUGUCAGGCUUAACCCUAACCCCCAGACGUGCUGGAAGAGUGAUUAAAAUCCAUAGUCAGCUCACAUCCAUUCCUGUCUUUAGGGGUCCUUAGGCCCAGGGAUGACAUAUAACUGAUCCCUGCAAGGGCCCUUUCCUCACAACCAGCCAAGGCAUUUCCCUCUAAAUGGUUCCUCCUAUAAACCCCAAGGACUUUCAUGGUCAUCCUCAGGGAUGGGAUUGAAGGCACUGAGUAUGUGCGUAACAAUUGUUUUUGGUAAUAAAAGAAACGCUUGGGCCGUUA